GCUAAAUUAAUAAACGAAUUUGAUAAACUUAAAGAUUUAGAUUCUACUAGUCCUAAAUACGAAGAACUUUGUCUAAAUAUUGAAACUGAUAAUAUAAUACUUGAGAGUCUGUUAAAAGAAUAUACCAAUUUCAUUAAUAUUGACACUAUCGAAGGAGAUAAAUAUAUUGAAGAAAAGUUUAAUCUCACAUAUAAUAUAACUAAAUACCUUCUAGAAAUAAAGAAAAGAAGACCUUCUGAUACUCCAUAUAACCCUAACCCUAAUAAAAAAGGAAAUAUGGCUUCUUCUUAUAGUGAUCAAUAUCUUCAUGAAAAAAUUGAUUUUAUUCAAUUACUAACCGAAAACCAAUAUAAUCAAAAAGAAGGAGACGAAUACGGUAUUCAAGAAUCUUCUAAUACUAACCCUACGACCAACCCUAUAUCAAAUUCUCAACAUAUAGCUGAAAAUGAACCUGAUGAUAUAACUUGGAGACAUUCGAAUUAUAAGAACUAUCUUACUUACGCUCUUCCUCUUCUACGUUUUUUUUGUCAAGAACCAUUUAUUUUUUUUUGGAAUAACAUUAUUAAAAUUGGGAGAGAUAAUUUAAAAUUUAAACUUGAUAAACUCAAAUUCGACCUUGGCUAUAUUAAACCAAACUAUCGUUGCAAAUUUCCUUCUCUACAACUUCCCAACAAUGAAAAAAUUAAUUAUUCUGAAGAAGCAAAAGAAAAAUCAAAAGAGAUAAGUCAAAAAUAUUAUGAACAAUUAGAGUUAUCUUUAGAAGAACGUACAAAAUUACAUAAUAAAAAAUUAGACAAAUUUGUUAAUAAUAUCAGCAGAAGUUAUAAAAGUACGUUUGAGACUUUAAAUCUUAAACAUAAUCCUUCUUUUCACUUUAAAUCUGCUGAAACUAAAUUUGUUGACUUAUAUAUUGAGGGACUUGUCGUUCUAGAUAAUAUACUUGAAAAAGAACUUAAAAAAGAAGAAGAAAAAAUUAAAAAGCAACAUGAACCAAUUAGUAAAAUUCUUAGUAAUAUUGUUAAUGAAAUAAUAACCGUGCCCUCACACGGCCAAACAAUCAAAAGAAGAAAAAGACUCCCUCCAAUUCAAAGUCGACCUCAUGCUCCAGAAAGACACCUUAACUUAUUCUUUGAGUUUGGAGAAGGCGGCUCUAAAAAAUCGGUUAGAAUACCCAAUCCGGAUUAUAUACCGAAACCCUAUCCAUCCACUUCAGUAUUCAUUAAUAAAUUAAAGGAAAAACUUUGCUGUCCAUUAAUUCCAACCUAUAAAAAUCUUGGGCUGGCUAUUAUCCCGUAUAACGAAUAUAUAAUGGCUCUAAAAAAACUUCUUUCUAUAGAAGACUACGAAGAAAUAAAUUUAACUGAAAAAGCAUGUGACUUUGAAUCUCUUUAUACAAAAUUCACUCACCUGGAAAUCUUGUCUGCUUUUGAUUAUUUAAAUAAUCAUGCUGUUCCAAUAAAAAGUUAUUUUGGUUUUAAUAAACCAAAAAUUAUAUUUAUUCUUGCUCUAGUAAUAGAUAAUAGUUAUUUUAAAGCUUUAAGAAAAAUCUAUAAACAAAAAAGAGGAAUAGCCAUGGGGACUAAUACUGCAGUUCAUAUAGCACAACUUACAUGUUUCGCUCAUAAACUUGUAGCCAUAAAUAAUGGACUUUUUUUAUUCAAUAGUUUUGUGAAAGAAAUUUUUACUAACAUUUAUUCUAAACAUCAUAAAAUUUCUUGGCAAAAAAUCAAUAAUGGAAAAACAGCAAACUUUUUAGAUCUAACUUUCAAUAUAACUAAUGAAAUUAGCUAUAAAAGAUUUUCUAAAUUUCCUAGAUCUGCUGCCUUCGUCCACUAUAAAUUCAACCAUCGACUAUUAAUGAAAAAACAAGUCAUUAUUAACAAAGUUUCUUGUUUCUCAUUAAUCUGUGCAAAAAAAGAAGACUUUUUAUUAGAAAAAGAAAAACUUCUCAACUUUCUUAAUACAACCAAAGGAUAUUCUCUAUAUAUCCUUAAAGAACUAAAUUAUCCUUCCUGGGAAAAUCGCCUUGCCAUUUUAAACAAAAUUAAUGAAGAGAAAAAGGAUAAACCUCUACCACCUAUUAUCCUUAAAAUACCUUUUGAUAAUGCUUUAUUUAAAAGAAAAAAUUACUCCUCUAUUUUAAAUGAAGCCUUUGAAAGCUCUAUGAAUAAAGAAACUACCCAACAGCCACUUCUAUGUAUAACAAAUCAACCAUCUCUGGUCAGAAUCCUUGCCCAGUCUUCGACCGGGCACCUAACCCUAACCUAA